CGGGGAAUUAUCCCGGCGACAUUCUACUGUUUAUGCCUGCAUCGUUGGGUCGAUGUAGAGUGGCGUGGAAAGACUGAAAGGGACAGGAUCGACGGGGUAUUUGCCCGAGAAAUGGCGAUGGGACCAAAACACGAGGAUUAUACAAAUCAGACCAGUGAAAAUCUAUUGAGAGAGACAAGAAAAUGCUGGAAAUUAUCCGAAAGCAAAAAGGCUUGUCAUAAGGUCCUUUUGAGGAAAUUCUUGAUAGCAAAGAAGGAAUUAGUAAGCAUCAAAGCUAUGAACCAGACUAUUAAAAAUAGGAUCAAGGCAGCGACGCAGAUCAAGCAGACAACUGCGAGCCAAUAA